AUGGGGAACUACGCAUCUUGCGCUCUCUCCGGGGGCCAUGGGAGAUACUCGAAGUCGGCGAAGGUGAUCUUCCCCGGCGGCGAGGUCCGGCGGGUGGACCUGCCUGUCAACGCGGCAGAGCUCAUGCUCGACGCGCCGAACCACUUCCUGGUCAGCGCGCAGGAGAUGCGCGUCGGGCGGAGGUUCUCGCCGCUGGCCGCCGACGAGGAUCUCGAUGCGGGAGCUUUCUACGUGAUGCUCCCCAUGAAGCGGGUAAACUCGGCGGUCACGGCGGCGGACAUGGCAGCGCUGUGGAGUCCCGCCGGGGAAGGCGGGGGGGCGAGGAUCAUCCCGGACGCGGCGCCGCCGGGGGAAGACGUGGAGGACGUGGAGGGGGCGUUGACCGGGGUCUUCAUGCGCAGGCUCAGCACGUGCAGGUCGAGGAAGCCCUCUCUGGAGACCAUUGAAGAGGAGACCACCAACCAUCUCCACGAGAAGAUGAGGAGCUACUGGUGA